CAUCAUCGGAUCCGUUGGUGUCUACAUCGGUGACCUCGACAACGAUAGGCGCCCCGCUCACCAGCCCACGGUCGACCACUUCCAAGAGCUCGUUCGCUCGCUCGUCCAAGCCGCUGCUGACUGCGUCCUCGACGACGAUCGUCUCGCCUUCAUUGCCGGACACCUUGACCAAUACAUCUGUUACGGUUUCAACGACUACGAGUCCUGCUUCCGCUCUUACUGGGCCCAGAUCAAGGACAUCCGCUACAACAAAGGCGUCUUCUACGCAGACUUCCAGCUUCGCGCAGUCACCUACUGCUCCGUUACACCCGCUCCCCUUGGACAAGUCCGUUCCAUUGGCGAGAUCAUCCGCACGUUCACAGCCAAGCCCUUCACCUACGUCGUUGCCCAACAAACCCCCGGUGUCAGCGCGUGA